GCCAGUCCCUGGCGGAGGGGACGGGCUGGGACCCCAGGGUUGGGACCUGUGGGGUGCAGCCAGCAGAGGCAGAGGUGCGGAGAGGAAGAAGGUAGAAGGAGGGUAGACAGAAGCUGGUGGAGCGAGGCCGAGGGCAGCCCACCGAGACCCGCGGAGAGCGCAGGCCAGGAGCAGGAGUCCCGCGCCCCAGCCGGGUAGCGGGCAGCGGAGGCGCGGGCACUGCGAUCCCCGGGCAGGGGACGCCAACGCCGAGCCGGGCGCUGCAGGCGAGCUCCGCGGUCCAGCACUCCCGAUCGUAGUGCGCUCCCCUCGCGGGUCGCGGGAUUUUCCUGGGUGAGGGGACAGCGCUCCUCCUCCUCCGCGCAGCACGCGCCACCCGCAGCUCCGGACAGCGGAGCAGGGAUCAGCCCAACACCCCAGGUGCGCACAGCCGGCCAUGGACCCCAAGGACCGCAAGAAGAUCCAAUUCUCGGUGCCCGCGCCCCCCAGUCAGCUCGACCCCCGCCAGGUGGAGAUGAUCCGGCGCCGGAGACCGACCCCUGCCAUGCUGUUCCGGGUCUCAGAGCACUCUUCUCCAGAGGAGGAGGCCUCCCCACACCAGAGGACCUCGGGAGAAGGGCACCACCCGAAGUCGAAGAGACCCAACCCCUGUGCUUACACUCCCCCCUCGCUGAAAGCUGUGCAGCGCAUUGCUGAGUCCCACCUGCAGACCAUCAGCAACUUGAGUGAGAACCAGACCUCGGAGGAGGAGGAUGAGUUAGGGGAGCUUCGAGAGCUGGGGUUUCCAAGAGAGGAUGAAGAAGAGGAUGAGGACGAGGAUGAAGAGGAGGAUGAAGAGGAAGACAGCCAGGCAGAAGUCCUGAAAGGUAGCAGGGGAACUGUGGGGCAGAAGCUAACUUGUGGCCAGGGUCUGGAGGGGCCCUGGGAGCGCCCGCCUCCUCUGGAUGAGCCCCAGAGAGAUGGAAACUCUGAGGACCAAGUGGAAGACAGAGCAGCACUAAGUGAGCCUGGGGAGGAGCCUCAGCACCCCACCCACCCUGAGCCUGGCACAUAAGCUCAGAGGCCUGCAUCUCCAGGAGGAAGUGCUCCCCAGAAACCCACUCUGUCCCCACCCUACUUUGUACCUUUCUUUCACCUGCUAGGGCUGCGGCUUCUGACUUAUAGAAGACUAAGGCUGAUCUGUGUUUGCUUUGGCUGAAGCCCAGAGUCCCCGAUGCCUCUCCCUGCCAGUCAUUCUUCCAUUUACACGGUGGGAGGGGGGAGGUGAAGGAGCCCACACUGGAAAACUCAGAAGGCCAGAAACAAAUAGUCACCCCUCACAAUUCUCCUCUCUAGAUCCACUCCCCUGGGCACAGGAGACCCACAGGGCAGGACCCUAAGAUCUGGGGAAAGGAGGUACCAAGAACCUGCAAGUGCCCUGAAAUCUCCUCCUCCUCCGUCCCUGUCCCCUCUUCCUAUGGGGGUGGGCUUUGAGUCUCCACCCCUCUCACAGACUUCUACCAGGGUCCAGGUCUCAGGCAUUCUUUUCCACAGCCAUAACAUUUUGGAUGUCGUCCCCUAUUGUCCUGUUUCUGCUGGGUGCCUGCAAGUCGGACUGGCAGAGGCUGCUCAUUGCGUUUUGUUUGUGCUUUGGUGCCAGGAAUGCCACUUAGUAUAUGUCCUUAGAGAGGCCAUGCAGGGGGGAGCUUGGUUUUCCUUGUCCUCCACCUGCCUGGCCCUCUCCCCUUCUCCCUGACUCCAGGCUUGAACUCCUCCUACGCUGUAAUAAAUCUUUGUAAAUAAUU